CUGAGCUUGUUCCGGUGAGACUCCAGUUCAGUUCCUUUUAAUUUAUAAAGCUCUCGUCCAAAUCCUUCAAUCUGAGUAUAAAGCUCUCAUCCAAAUCCUUCCAUCUGAGUACUCUUUUUCCCUCUGGAAAAACUGUACUUGGCUUCGUUUCUUGUUCCUCUGGGAAAAACGUUUUUCUUUUCUUUAGCGUUUCACUAUCUAGGCAAAACCAUUCAAUCAGACAAAGCUUGUUUCUUCGUCUUGAGCUUUUAGGGAUUUGUGCAGAUAGUCACAUUUCUCUUGGAAAACUCGUUAAAAGCCCACAGCUUUUCUUGUUCUUCAGAAUCGAUUUCUUUUCCAGAUAAAAAGUAUUACUUAUCUUGUCUCCUUCUGCUUCUAUUCUUCUUCUUCUUCUUCUCUCUCCUUAUCUCUGUAACUUUUAGCUCAGCGAGGCUUUUCUGUUUACUGGGUUCAUGGAGCUUCAUAAUUUAAUGCAGUAAAAUUUUUGGCCUCUGUGUAAUUUGAAACUAUCCAUUCUCCAAGAUAUGCUCACUCUGUUCUUGACCUUCUAAAAGGUGUGUUAAGAGUGCUCUUGGAGGUUUUGGGAUCACUUUUCUUCAUAUUUCUCAGUUUCGGAAAUUACCUCCAAAUGGGCUUUGGGGCAUUUGGUUCCAUAGUACUUCUGACGUUUUUCUUUGAGCAUUUGGCUUGCCAGCAACCAAAUACUGAUGGUUUCUUUGUGUCUGAGUUCUUGAAGAACAUGAGUUUAGCAGCAUCACCUUCCUCACAAGCCUUCAACUUCUCUGCUUCUGUUUGUUCAUGGCCAGGCGUUUCCUGCGAUGCAAAUAAAGAACAUGUUGUUGAGUUGAAAACUUCUGGUAUGACACUCUCUGGGCCUAUUCCUGAUGACACCAUUGGCAAGCUCAGCAAGCUACAAAUUUUGGAUCUUAGUAGCAACAAAAUCACUGCUUUACCUUCUGAUUUCUGGAGCUUAGGCUCUUUGAAGAUUCUUAACCUCUCCUCCAAUAAGAUAUCAGGUUCACUUGCCAGCAACUUUGGCAACUUUGGUCUCCUCGAAACCUUUGACUUGUCCAGCAACCAUUUUUCUGGGGAAAUUCCUGAAGCUAUUAGCUCCCUUGUGAGUUUAAGGAUCCUCAAACUUGACAAAAACAAGUUUGAGCAGAGCAUACCUUCUGGGAUUCUACAGUGUCGGUCUUUAGUUUCUAUUGAUCUUUCACUAAAUCAGCUUAAUGGCACUCUUCCUGAAGGUUUUGGAGCUGCUUUUCCAAAACUUGAAAGCUUGAACCUUGCAGGGAAUAAUCUUCGUGGUCAUGAUUCAGAUUUUUCAGGAUUGAAAUCCAUUUCUAGUAUUAACAUAUCCGCAAAUUCCUUUCAGGGUUCUUUUUUGGGCAUGUUUCAGGAACGGUUGGAGGUAAUUGACCUUAGCAGGAACCAGUUUGAGGGUCAGAUUUCUCAGGUAAAGUUCAAGUACAAUUGGUCUCAUUUGAUUUAUCUGGAUUUGUCUGAGAAUAGGCUUAGUGGGGAAAUUUUCCAGUAUCUGAAUGAAGCCCAGAAUCUUAAACACCUGAAUCUGGCUCACAAUAGGUUUACAAGUCAGAAAUUUCCGCAAAUUGAAAACCUCUCAAGAUUGGAAUAUCUGAACUUGUCCAAAGCUAAUCUGCAUGGCCACAUUCCUGCUGAAAUAUCACGGCUGAGUAAUUUGACUUCACUUGAUAUUUCGUUGAAUUAUCUUACUGGGGCAAUUCCGUUUCUAAGAAGUGAAAACCUCCAAGUUCUUGACCUUUCAUACAACAAUUUGAGUGGAGAAAUCCCUCAAACUGUGUUGGAGAAACUCCCAUCAAUGGAGAAAUACAACUUCUCUUAUAAUAACUUAACCUUCUGUUCUUUGGGAAUCAACCCCAGUAUCCUGCAAACAGCAUUCUAUGGAUCAUCAGACAAUUGCCCAAUUGCUGCAAAUCCGAAGCUUUUCAAAAGAACCAAUGAACGCAGGGGAAUGAAGUUAGCUCUGGCAUUGACCCUCUCAAUGGUCUGCUUGCUUUCUGGUCUUCUAUUUCUAGCGUUUGGUUGCAGAAGGAAAACAAAAUCAUGGGCGACUAAGCAAACUUCCUACAAAGAAGAGCAGAACAUUUCAGGUCCCUUCUCGUUCCAGACUGAUUCAACUACCUGGGUGGCUGAUGUCAAGCAAGCAAACUCAGUCCCAGUAGUAAUAUUUGAGAAGCCAUUACUCAACAUUACAUUUGCGGAUCUCUUGUACUCAACUUCAAAUUUUGAUCGGGGUACCCUCUUGGCUGAAGGCAAGUUCGGGCCUGUUUACCGAGGUUUUCUGCCCAGUGGCAUUCAUGUGGCAGUUAAAGUUUUGGUUGUUGGGUCUACAUUGACGGAUCAAGAAGCUGCUAAGGAGCUUGAGUAUCUCGGUCGAAUCAAGCACCCCAAUCUUGUUCCCCUAACUGGAUAUUGCUUUGCUGGGGAUCAAAGAAUUAUCAUAUAUGAUUACAUGGAGAAUGGGAACUUGCAAAACUUUCUUCAUGACUUGCCACUUGGGGUACAGAGGACUGAUGAUUGGAGCACAGACACAUGGGAAGAAGGAGAUGACAUGAAUGGAAUUCACAAUGCCAGCUCUGAGGGAUUGUCACUCUCAUCCUGGCGGUUUCGACACAAAAUUGCCCUUGGUACUGCUCGAGCAUUGGCAUUUCUUCACCAUGGCUGCUACCCUCCAAUUAUUCACAGGGACGUUAAAGCUAGCAGUGUCUACUUGGACUAUAACUUGGAACCAAGGUUGUCAGAUUUUGGGCUGGCCAAGAUUUUUGGAAGCAGCUUGAAUGAGGAGAUGGCUCGAAGCUCUCCCGGCUAUGUUCCACCUGAGUUUUGUCAACCUGAAGAUGACCUCCCAACACCAAAAUCUGAUGUUUACUGUUAUGGGGUUGUUCUCUUUGAGCUAAUAACAGGCAAAAAACCAGUUGGAGAUGAUUAUCCUGAGGAGAAAGAGGGGACUUUGGUGAGUUGGGUCAGAGCACUAGUAAGAAAGAACCUAGCUUCAAGAGCUAUUGAUCCAAAAAUUAAUGAUAGAGGAAUUGAUGAUCAAAUUGAAGAAGCCCUUAAGAUUGGUUAUCUCUGUACUGCUGAUCUUCCCUCUAAGCGACCUAGCAUGCAGCAGAUAGUGGGACUUUUGAAAGAUAUUGAGCCUGCUGCUUAGUAGUGAAGGGGGGAAAUCACAAAGAAUUUAGUCUCUUUCUUUUUAUCUUCACUCCCUUUGAAUUUGCUACCAUGGGGUUGUUUCAAAUGUUUGUUUGUUUCUUCUUCCUUUCUUUUUUUGGCUUCCAUGCUUAGUUGGGGAAGAAAGCUUGGAGGAAUAUACACACCUGAACUUGAUCUUUGAAUCUUUUUCUGCUUGUUUUCUUCAUUAUGUAUAUUAUCUUUGGUGUUCUUGAAA